GCUGAUGCUGAUGCUGAUGCAGUGUGGAAGAGAAGAGCGCAGAGCAACGUGCAGUACGAUGCGGGGGUUUCUCAACUCCGCGGCACUCGUCUCUUCUGAAGGACAGGCUUAUCCCUUUGUAAAUGAUAUGUUUGUAGGAUUUUUAUAAUUGUUUCAUCCAAGACUGUCUCCGGACCAAUAAUUUGCAUUCUGAUCGGAAUCUGUCUCAACUAAAUGCCCGUGGCGUAGCGAAAUAGGGGCACUUUGAGUGAAGGACGCGUUGGUUUACUUACAAUCAUUCAACAGAUAAAAACCAUCCGCGGAUCAAAGUUGAUCUGGAUUUCUGCUUGCCUGGAUAGAACGCAACCAUGGCGGAUGCUGCAGCCGAAUACGGCGUGAAAGUAAUGUGCCGAUUCAGGCCACUAAAUGAAUCCGAAAUAACAAGAGGAGACAAGUACAUCCCCAAAUUCAAAGAAGACGACACCGUGGUUAUAACUGGUAAACCGUAUGUCUUUGACCGAGUCCUGCCUCCCAAUACAGCCCAGGAGCAGGUCUACGAUGCCUGUGCUAAACAGAUUGUUAAAGACGUCCUUGGAGGAUACAAUGGAACCAUCUUUGCCUAUGGACAGACCUCCUCAGGGAAGACCCACACCAUGGAGGGCAAGCUCCACGACCCCCAGCUGAUGGGCAUCAUCCCACGCAUCGCUCACGACAUCUUCGAUCACAUCUACUCCAUGGACGAGAACCUCGAGUUCCACAUCAAGGUCUCGUAUUUUGAGAUCUACCUGGACAAGAUCCGAGACUUACUAGAUGUGUCGAAGACCAACCUGGCUGUGCAUGAGGACAAGAACAGAGUUCCCUAUGUCAAGGGUUGUACAGAACGCUUUGUGUCCAGUCCAGAGGAAGUCAUGGAUGUCAUCGAUGAGGGAAAGGCCAACCGGCACGUGGCUGUGACAAACAUGAAUGAGCACAGUUCCAGAAGCCACAGCAUCUUCCUGAUCAACAUCAAACAAGAGAAUGUGGAAACAGAGAAGAAACUGUCAGGGAAGUUAUACCUGGUGGAUCUGGCUGGGAGUGAGAAGGUCAGUAAGACAGGUGCUGAAGGAGCCGUGUUGGACGAAGCUAAAAAUAUCAAUAAGUCUCUCUCUGCUCUGGGGAAUGUCAUCUCUGCUCUGGCUGAGGGGACAGCUUGUCUGAUGAAGAGGCCGAUGAACCGCCAUAACUUGUGUUAG